GCUCAGAUAAGGCAAUUUCAGCCAACAAACCAAUCUACAUCACACACAGAAUUGAACAAAUAACCACUGCCAGAUAAACAGAAUCCCAGAAGAAAAUAAACCAUAAUCUCAGUCUCAGCCCACCUGGAAAUCAGAAAACUCAACAACAAUGGCUCAGGCGAUGGCUUCCAUGGUUGGCUCGACCCGCUUGAACGUGGCUAGCGCCACCGGCGGCGUGGCAGCUCGUCCGAGCUGCCUAACGAUUCGAGCACAGCAGCAGGCUGCCGAGCCGGAGACCAGCCGCCGGUCCAUGCUUGGCCUCGUCGCCGUGGGUUUGGCUUCUGGGUCUUUCGUCCAGGCUGUGCUCGCCGAGGCAAAUUCGAUCAGGGUCGGCCCUCCUCCGGCUCCCUCCGGCGGACUGCCCGGGACUCUGAACGCUGACGAGGCCAGGGACGUGGACCUGCCGCUGAAGGAGAGGUUCUAUCUGCAGCCGCUGACGCCGGAGGAGGCGGCGGCGAGGGCCAAAGUGUCGGCAAGUGAGAUAGUGAACGUGAAGUCGUUCAUUGACAAGAAGGCUUGGCCAUAUGUGAUGAACGACCUUAGGCUGAGGGCGUCGUACCUUCGCUACGACCUCAAGACCGUGAUCUCUUCCAAGCCUAAGCCGGAGAAGCAAGCCCUCACCGAUCUCACUGGAAAGCUCUUCCAGAGCAUCAACAACCUGGAUUAUGCAGCAAAGAUCAAGAGCUCUCCACAGGCAGAGAAGUACUAUGCUGAGACAGUAUCCAACUUGAAUGAUGUUCUGGCUAAGCUUGGUUAAGAAAAGCUUAGAAUUGCUGUGUUUCACUUUGUGGGAAGCUCUGUUAGUUGAUUUGGGACUAUGAGAUCAUUGCUUGUUUCGAUCAUAAUGUUAUUUUGCAGGGGAGAUGUCAACUGUGUAAUUACAACUUAAUUUUCCAUCCUUAUGAAGAGGCUCUUGGAAUCUCUUAUCAUUUUUUUUUUUUUGUGCUUAAUUAGUAGAGUUAAUUACCUUAAGAGAAAGUAAGCUCUAAAGAAAUUAACCUAGACUUCAUCAAGUGAUCGGUUCCUGGCAACUAUAGGUGCUAAUUGAUUUGAUUUCGGGUAACCACUAAUCCAUUCGGCAGUUAGUGGUUAACCACUAAGCAAAAUAUGCACACCGAAAAUCUAGCUGAUAAGGAUUGUUGGUUAACCUCCUGUUAUCAAUUUGAUUAGCAGUUAGUUUACCACUAAUUGAUUAAACGGUUAGUGGUUAA